CACCCUCCUCUUGACAUUAGCGCAGGAUUAAAAACCGAGUCAGUAUCGGCAGGAAUCAUCAGGUGCUCCCGUUUUUACGCAGAUUCCGUUGUCGUCUAACGGAUAAUGAUCUGGAGACUGGUGGUCUUGGGUGGGCUGUGCGUUUUUCUUCUGGGUGCUGAGGGCAGCAGCAGCAGUGGAAGAGGGGGGAGGACGGGGACUUUCCACCGGACUCAGCAGGAUGGCAGCCGGGGUAAGGCGCGCUCACGUCCAAGGAGGGACGCCAGCAGCACCUCCAGGCCUUCUCACGGUCCUCUUUUCACCUCCUGCCGGAUCCCCCUCACCCCCGAGGAGCACAAGAUUCUGGAUGAAAAUACGCAUGAGACAGGGUUUAACGGUGAUGAUGGCUCUUAUGUCAUCCUUACAUGGGUUGGUGAUGGUACAGGAGUCGUCCUGGUUCUGUCAACAUUCAGCGCUCCUAUAGACUCUUUCCUAGAUGGAGGCUCAUCUCGGCUUUAUCGGAGCACCGAUUAUGGAAAAUCCUUCCAUGACAUCUCUGACCGGAUCAACAACACCUUCAUCAAGGAGGAGUUUGGGGUCAGCGUUGGUCCAGGAAGCUCUGUGAUUCUGACAGCAGACAUUCCAGUUGUAGACCACCCAGGUGGGAUCAUCUUCACUUCCACUGACGCAGGCGCCACCUUCAAGUUCAUCCAGCUCCCUUUCCACCUGGCUCUGCCAAUCACGUACCACUUCCUCAACCCGGAUUACCUCGUGGCCCUGAGCAUCGAUGGCGGUCUGUGGCUCUCUCUGGACUUUGGUGCCAAGUGGACAAAAGUACACGAUGGAGUGCAUUCUUUCUCAUGGGGAGCUGGCAUCAAUUUGUUCUUCAGCUUCAGCCAAACAGAUGCAGUUGAUGCAGAAGAGCGGGGAGAUUUAGUACUGAAGAGGACGACAGAUCUGGGGAAAUCUUUCACAAUCAUCCACGAGGACAUCUUCAGCUUUGGCUACAUAGGAGCGUUUCUCUUCUUCUCUGUCAUGGAAGAUCCAAGAUCCCCACGUGUCAUGUACUUCUCAUCAGACCAAGGAGACACAUUCAGCCGAGCUCUGCUGCCUUCUGCCUCCACUGAGCAGUUUUACUCCAUCCUGGACGGAGAUGAAGAAAUGCUCUUCAUGCAUGUGGACAACCCUGGAGACACUUUCUUUGGCACCAUGUACACGUCAGAUGACCGCGGUAUCUUGUUCUCCAAAUCCCUGGAGCGCCACCUGUUUGACGGGCACAGGAAGAGCGACUUUACCAACAUCACUUCUCUUAGAGGAGUCUACCUCACCAACAAACUAGAUGAAGAUGGCCGCAUCAGAUCUGUCAUUUCUUUCAACAGAGGACGAACAUGGAGACAACUUAAAAAACCUGACAAUGUGGAGUGUGGAAAGCAAGUAAAGAAUUGCAAUCUUCAUAUUCAUGGAGAGCACAGUCGCAACAACCGCAUCGUUCCCAUGCUAGCUCUGUCCGAACCCACUGCUAUUGGUCUGGUGAUCGCUCAUGGUACUGUUGGUGACUCUUUGUCCUCAUCGCAGCACCCAGACGUGUUUGUCUCCUCAGAUGGGGGUUACAACUGGAAGGGGACACUGAGGGGCACCCACCACUACAGCAUACUGGACUCUGGGGGUCUUAUUGUGGCUGUAGAGGCCCAGCAUGAAGGACAAGUCAAGACUAUCAAGUUUUCCACAGAUGAAGGCCAGUGCUGGAAGUCGUACAAUUUCACAGAGCAACCGUUCUUCUUUGCGGGCCUGGCAUCAGAGCCUGGGACGAAGGCCAUGAAUGUCAGCGUGUGGGGCUUCAGACCUGAAGAAGACGAUCAGCCCAUGUGGGUCACGGUCACCAUCGAUUUCCAAAGCCUCAUUACAAGAGAGUGUAAUGACCAGGACUAUGAAGAGUGGCUGGCUCAUUCUACAGAUGAAGGAGACUCGGAGAGAAACGGCUGCGUGUUGGGUAUCAAAGAGACGUACAGGAGACUGAAGAAACAAUCUGUGUGCAGAAACGGUAAGGGCUUUGUAGUAAACAAGAAGCAAAGCCCCUGUUUGUGCACCAGAGAAGAUUACAUAUGCGACUAUGGCUACUAUCGCCAUGUGAACACCUCAGAAUGUGUGAGACAAUCAAGUGCCCCAAAUAAAACCUUGGAGCUCUGUCUGAAUGGAGAGGAGGACGAGCUUCUCACAGCGGGGUAUCGUAAGGUCCCAAGUGAUAGGUGCGAGGGGGGCUUCUCUCCUCAGCUCGCCAUGCAGACGGUCAUAAGACCCUGUAGUGUUAAACCCAGCCCUGGUCCACCUGCGAGGUCCUCAUCUCCAAUUACACAUUUUGACACACCGCGAGAGCGACUGGUGUUGAUCCUGGUGUGUGCAGGAGCAGGAGUGGUUGUCCUAAUAGCUAUCGUUUCAGCCAUCCUCGCUGUCAAGAGGGCAGUGUACAGAAACAGGGCACCAGCAUAUCGUUUCUCCAACCUUCAGAUUCAGGAUGAUGAAAACAACAUCACAACAGAUUUUCAGAGUGCCACCAGCAGUAACGGCACGGCUGGCCAGCAGGACUCAGAUGAAGAUCUUCUUCAAUGACACAAAACACCAUUUCUUGGAAGAGUAAAAGUUUCACAACUGAAACCAGCUGUGCUGAAAGACUUGUUCGAUUGAUCCCAGAUGCCUUUUUACUGAGAGCCGCUUUCUUGAGGACCUGAUUGACACGCGCAGAAUGUCUUAAUUUAUUGAAUGAACUUCAUGUGAUGACUUUACAUAACUAACUCUUUGAUUUUGUACAGUGUAUUUUUAUCUUGAUUUUACUGUGUUAUACCGCCUUUUUACUGUCUGUUCAAUGUGAAAACAGUGUAAACCAAAAAUGUGCAUUUCUUUUGAAAACUGCCAAACGUCAGCUUGAUUACUAUUAUUCAAUUCACAGUUUAAAUAAGACUUUGUUUAAAUUGACACAUGUACAGGAACUUCUGAUCAUCAAUAGAAAGAUGGCGCUGUAACGUAUCCAAUCUAUUAUGAGUUGCAAAAAGAAGAAGAAAAGGCAGGAACUUAGUGAAGUAGACACAAAGAUGUUAUAUUGUUGAAAUGUCUUACUCGUCAAGGAAAACCUGCCACUGCUUGACUAUCUUUUCCUCCUAUAUGUUGGUCUAUUUUUGGAUGGUGUUUCAUUCACAAAUGUAAAUUUAUGAUGCUUGAGUGACAUAGUACACAAAUAAGACAGCACUGGCAAACCAACUUAAUAAAAUUAAAACAGCCCCUUC